AUGUUCAAUGCACCUCAGCAAUUCUGGGGGGUGCACGAUUUAACUGAAGAAAUUCGAAUGUUAAAAGCUGCCCACUUUGAGCACGCUGAGCGUCUCACCCAACAUUCUGAGAGAAUUGGUCGGCUUGAGCAGCAACAGGAUGACUCAAAAAUUCGUUCCUUAUGGAGCACACCUUCACCAUUUCCGCCUAUGCUGAGUUCCGGCUCGUUUUCCCAACAACCUGUCAACUCCGAACCUGCUGAUGAUUUUAACGGCUUCGACGAGGAGAAUUUGUUGGCAGAUUUGCGAUUGGAUGACGUUGAUGUACCGAGGAGAGGUGCCUCGCGAGCAAACAGUGUGCGUUUUGAUAGUGCUAUACAGAGUCACUGGAUUCAUGAUUCUCAAAGUUCAAACGAUUAUUUCGGUCCUCGAAACAACAGUGGGAUAGGAGGAGGUGGAUAUCCCAUGACCGAGAGGUCGUCAUCCCACAAGUCCGACUACAAAUCAGACGGAAGACAGAGCUCCAUGCGUUCUUAUGGUGACAACAGCUCCUUUUUUGAAGGUGAUACUGGUGUGCAUUUCCACCCACCUCCCCAGAACUUCGAUAUCUUAGACUGCGACGCACACCGACCUUCUGCACCUACCACUGGCCCAGCACCAGCAAUUGUUCGCUGCUGGCUUGACACUGCCUCCUCAUUUGACUCCUUACUAUAUGCUGUAGUUUGCACGGGUUCGGUUAAAUCUUUGGUUGAUGCUUCUCUGGUCACCAGGUUUGGAUUGCAGGACCAGAUGGUCAAGGGGAAGGAUGGUGAAUACAAAAUCAGUCUGGCAAUAUAUCUUCCUGAUGCGACGAUUCAACAACCAACAAGGGGAAAUGGCCAAACACAGCUACCAAAGCUAACAGUCCAAUUUACUGUAGCUCCAAGUCGAAAGUCAAGUCAAAUGGAAAAUGAGGUUGGAAUCUUUCUAGGGAGCGAUGUUCUGUCAGACCAUAUGGGGGACGUGUUGUUUUCACAAAGCCAGUUGCUUUUAUACGUAGAUGAUGGCCGGAAAAUGUUUGUACCUUUUGCUCGCCCCGGUUCCCAAGCUGGAGUUUCGGAUGUUUGUACAAUACACAUUGGCGACCAACUUUCGGAACAUCGAUUGGAAGAACAGCUUUUAAUCGAAAACCAAAAACAAGGAUCUGCUACCAGAGUUGGUUGUAUGGAUGGGCCCUCCAAAGGUGAAAGUUCCGAACUAGCUAUAGAAGAGCCUACAGUGCGAGGUCAGAUUCCGGUUUCGUCGCCGAAGCCAGUUCGGGGCCGGAAAGCAGCAGUCAUCAGCAGUGUUUCGCCACCCGAGUCAUCUGAAACUCUUGAAGAACCGUCAAAGAAGGAUAACCAUAGAAGAAACAGUAUACAUCAUUCUGGAGGAAAUGGGUUCGAAAAGAAACGUGCCAUAGGACAUAAGGAGGAACUCACGGUGGGAUUCGGAUUUUCAAGUGAGGCUGGAGCUUCUUCGAACGAAGAGACCACAAAAGAGUCUCGAUAUACCGAUCGUAGAGCCAAGAGCGAUGGGGAGGGUAGCUUUUGGAAUGCUAACAGUAUCAAAUCUGGCGGGGCCGGGUCAGGAAAUGGGAAUGCAAAGGGUACUGUGGGGGUCUGGGAAUCGUGGAGGAAGGGCCAGAUGACGCAAAAAAAGGAUUCUCAGGCACCAUCACGUGGGAUGAAAGUUCUCCGUACAUCAAAAUCUUCGUCCUUGUCCGAUGCAAGAGCAAGUCACAAAUCAGAGGGUAGUGGUGUUGUGGCAGACGAACCUGAUUCCGCAAAUCCAACUACAGCACAUACUUCCCAAGGGUUUGCCAGAAUCGACUCCUCACUUAGUGCCAAUGGUACUAGCACACUAGAGAAGACACAUGUUCGAUCCCAACGCCGAACAAGCUCGGCAGAGGUUCAACCAUCGUUCUCUAUGGGAAACCCUGCCUUGAUUCCAAAACCCAAGUCAACGAACGUAAUUGGAGGUGCUUCAGCGUUUCACUGGAUGGCAUCAAAAAGCUCGACAUCGGCUGUUGAGUAG